AUGCUCAAUGGGUCAAGCCCCCAGGCCGGCAAAAUCUGGAAGAAGGCAGUUCUAACCUUCUCCUUUGAUGGCAAACAAAUGACGGAGACCUUCUUAAUUUACAACACAGGGUCUCAUGCUGCUAUCUUAGGAUUGAAAUGGUUGGACGCUCACAAUCCGGAGAUUGAUUGGAACUCCUGCACCCUAUCCUUCCCUCACAUCCCACUGGAACAACUCCUCCUUGGCCUCCUUAACCAAGUCAAAUGCCUCAAGCAAGAAAUUGCCAAGAUCAAGGAAGCAGGAGUUGAGACCCAGACAAACGUCAAAAUCAUCUCACAAACCGUUGAUGUCGUCAAGGAUGGGCUUAAGUCCCUUCAACUCCAUGGUCCCUGCACACCCAAAGGACCCCAAACCAAGGCUGUGGAAGAGAUGCCAUGCCCCCUACCAAAAACCAAGCCUAGUGGAUUGGUUAGUGGGAUUCCCUUUUGGGCAGGACCGCCUGGAGCUCCAUUGGGCUUGUACCAGCCAACCCCAAGAAGAGCUGCUCCCCCGCAAGCACCAUCUCCCCCUCCAUCUCCGCGUCUCCAAUCCCCACUCAGAGCGCCUGCCCCUCUCCCACCGGCUCCAGCAGCCCACUACCCCGCUCCGGUCAAGGUUGACCACCCCAACGCCUACACGGGCAAAAUAGGGAGCAAGGCAAAACAGUGGCUAACCCGGAUGCUGGCCUGGACCUGCCUAAACUUGCAAAUGUUCCCAACCAAUCAAGAGGUCCUCUCCUUCCUCUUGAUGAACAUGAAGGAUACCGCUGGGGCCUGGGCCCACCCACACCUUGACCAGCUUGGAUCACACCAGGCUAUCAUACAAACGGUCGAGGGGUUCAAAUCAGAGUUUUUGGCAGCAUUUGGCAACCCCAAUGCCACAAGGGCCGCUGAGCAGAAAAUCACCACCCUAACCCAGUCCAGCACAUGCGCGGACUAUAUUACAAAGUUCAGAACCUUAGCCAUGGAACUGGACUGGAAUGACGCGGCCCUUAAAGGCCAAUUUGCCCGUGGCCUCCAUUGGGAGGUCAGCCAACAAAUUGCAACCCGCAAACACCAGCCCUGUACACUCCUUGAGCUGCAAAAUGCAGCACUCAUCAUCAACAAUGCUCUCCGUGAAGAGCGUGCUAGCCACCCACCAAGGGACAAUAAGUCUAGCAAACCACAGAACCCCGCAAGGGGGACGAGUACCAGCCAGUCAACCACUGGUUCAAAGAAACUCUCCGACGACCCCAACUUUGUGUUGGAAGAAGAAAGAAAUUGCCGCCGUGCCGCUGGCGCCUGCAUCAAAUGCGGCAAAAUGGGCCACAAGUUUGCGGAAUGCCGCACGGGCUGGAAAGCCACCCCUAUUGAGGAAAAGGGGAAGGCUAAGGAAUCCGCCAAAAUUGGCAAAGAGUCUGGACCUGAAUUGGGAAAAGACUAA